AUGGAAUUAGGUAUAUACAAGGACCCCAAUUCUGGACAAGAGCUUCCACUUACUGUUGCUGUAGAACUUGGAUAUGUGUCAGUGACUGAAGAAGAAAGGAGUGUCAUUGAAACCAAAACUACCACAAUUAAAGUACAUGAGCCCAUUGUUGCCCCUAUUGAAUCAAGAAAGAAACCAGCAGACACUACUACAUACAUUGCUCCACCAGAUGGGAUUAAAUUCAAAGAAGCAGUUGAAAAUGGCCUUAUCGAUCUUAAGUCGAAUACUUUCACUGAACCCAUUACCAAAAUACAAAUGCCAUUAGAUGAUGCCGUUAAACAGGGUUAUUUGAUCAUUCCAGAAGGUGGAGUAAGUGUUACUAUAACAGAGGGAGGUACGAGCCAAACACAGCAAGUGACCACUUCAUCCAUAACCUCAAAACAAACUACAAGUUCUGGGAUUCCCUUCAACGAAGCAAUAGACAGUGGUAUUGUUGAUGUUGUAAACAACACUUUUAAAGAUCCUUCUUCUGGUGUUGUCAUGGACCUUAAUAUUGCUAUUGAGAGGGGUCUUGUUGAUGCAACUAUUGAAUCAUCCCAAGACUACCAUUUCCAAUGA